CUAUUGUCUAAUCUAAUCAAAGAAGAGCGAAGAAAGACUGAUAUUCAUCGCCAUUCGCCUCACAGAGUCACAGGUUCGCAGCUCACACCUCACAUCCUCACUAGCAACUCUACGAGACGUCGUCGGGGACCGGUCUCCGCUCCGUCUCAGCGUUGCUCCGCACACCGGCGCACACACGACAAGAAGAUGUUGGGUUCCUUGCCCAUAUUGCCGCUCCCUGCCCCAACGGAGGAUGGGAAUCUUGGUCCAUUGCCUCCUGCUCAGUUGACAGAAAAAGAGAUAGAUGAGCUUAAGUUGGUGAAUGAGGAGGACAAGAGCAAAAGUAAUUCAGCUCCAACUUCAGUUGCAACCCAUACAAGAACAAUUGGGAUUAUUUAUCCACCUCCUGAUAUCAGAAGCAUUGUUGACAAGACAGCUCAAUUUGUGGUGAAGAAUGGUCCAGAAUUUGAGAAAAGGAUUAUUCAGAGCAAUGCAGGCAAUGCAAAGUUCAAUUUUUUGAGUGCCUCAGAUCCUUAUCAUGCAUAUUAUCAGCAUCGUUUGUCUGAAGGUCGUGCACAGAAUCAGGAUUCUGCUCAACAGCAGCCUUCACAGCCACCAGAUUCAGAUGCUCCAGAAUCAACCCCUGCUGUACCUGCUGCUGAUGCUGUUGAUCCAACAGCAAAGUCUGAUCCUUCUGCACAGUUUAGGACUGUACGCAAGGUUCUUGAGCCACCAGAAGCAGAGCAGUAUACUGUUCGGCUUCCUGAAGGGAUCACAGGGGAGGAAUUGGAUAUCAUUAAGCUUACUGCUCAGUUUGUGGCAAGGAAUGGGAAGUCUUUUCUGACAGGGUUGACCAGUAGGGAGAUCAAUAAUCCUCAAUUUCAUUUUUUGAAGCCUACUCAUAGCAUGUUUAUGUUUUUCACUUCACUGGCAGAUGCCUAUUCAAAAGUCCUAAUGCCUCCUAAAGGCUUGACUGAUAAACUGAGGAAGAGUGCUACUGACAUGACUACUGUUCUGGAGCGGUGCCUGAAUCGGUUGGAGUGGGAAAGGUCACAGGAACAGGCUAGGCAGAAAGCUGAGGACGAAAUAGAACAAGAGAGAGUGCAGAUGGCUAUGAUUGAUUGGCAUGAUUUUGUUGUGGUUGAGACGAUAGACUUUGCUGAUGAUGAGGAUCAUGAUUUACCUCCUCCUAUGACCCUUGAGGAGGUUAUUAGGAGGAGCAAGAUGUCUGGUGUGGAGGAAGAAGAGUUUGUUGAGCCAGGGAAGGAGGUAGAAAUGGAGAUGGAUGAAGAAGAGGUGCAGCUUGUUGAAGAAGGUAUGAGAGCUGCUACCCUUGAGGAGAACGCUGUUCAGAAUUCUGAAGUUAAGGCAAUUACAGAGGACCAGGAGCCACCAAUGAGAAUUGUUAAGAAUUGGAAAAGGCCUGAAGAAAGGAUCCCUGCAGAAAGAGACCCAACAAAGUAUGUUGUCUCUCCUAUAACUGGUGAGCUGAUUCCGAUUAUUGAGAUGUCCGAACAUAUGAGGAUCUCUCUUAUUGAUCCCAAGUACAAGGAGCAGAAAGAGAGAAUGUUUGCAAAGAUUAAGGAGACAACCCUUGCUCAGGAUGAUGAAAUUUCUAGAAACAUUGUUGGGCUUGCUAGGACACGUCCUGAUAUUUUUGGUACCACAGAAGAAGAAGUUUCAAAUGCAGUCAAGGCUGAGAUUGAGAAGAAAAAAGAAGAGCCCAAACAAGUCAUAUGGGAUGGCCACACAGGUAGCAUUGGUCGCACUGCUAGCCAGGCAAUGUCCCAAAACAAUGCAGAAGAUCAGUAUGAUUUUGCAAAUGAUGCAAGGAACCUUCCUGGCCCUCAAGCUCCACUCCCUCCCAGGCCUGGUGUGCCAUCAGUUCGACCACUUCCUCCACCACCUGGUUUGGCACUAAAUAUUCCUCGUCCUCCUAAUAGUUUCCCUUAUCCAACCCCUGGUAAUCCUGGCGUUAUGCCUCCACCUCUUCCCAGGCCUCCUAUGGUUAACACGGUGCCUCAUGUGCAACCUCCACCUCCUAACAUCCCACCUAUGCCUGGGCAACAUCUUAUGGUAAAUCGUCCUGCAAUGCACCCGUCAAUGUCCAUGAAUGCUCCUAACAUUUCUUUACCACCACCACCUGGGUCUCAGUUUACACCUCUGGGUGCUCCUCGAGCCUUUGUUCCCCAUCCCAUGUCCCAGCCUGGGAUGACUAUUGUCCCACCACCUCCAAUGCCCCAUGGAAUGCCUCCACCACCUCCACCUGAGGAAGCUCCACCACUUCCAGAGGAACCAGAGCCUAAAAGGCAAAAGCUUGAUGAGUCUGUUCUCAUUCCUGAAGACCAGUUCCUGGCUAAGCAUUCAGGACCUGCCUGUAUCAGCAUUGCUGUGCCAAAUGUUGAUGAAGGAAAUCUCAAAGGGCAAGUAUUGGAGAUCACAGUGCAAUCCUUGUCUGAAACUGUUGGCAGUUUGAAAGAGAAGAUUUCUGGUGAGAUCCAGCUGCCUGCUAACAAACAGAAGCUGAGUGGAAAGGCUGGGUUUCUCAAGGACAAUUUAUCACUUGCAUAUUACAAUGUUGCACCUGGAGAAACACUCAAUCUUUCACUUAGAGAACGUGGUGGCAGAAAGAGAUGAAGAUUGUUAGUUGGAUAUGCCUUGGAAAGGUUCAUAUUGGAACUAUGGUUGCCAUCAAAAUCCUUCUUGGAAUAUCUAGGCUCCAUUCUUUGUUAUGUUAGUUUUGAGAUUUUAUUGGUCAUGUACCUCUAAUAGUACUUUUUUCAAGCUUUGUUAACCCUUUUAAGCUGAUGGUAUGGUAAUUCAAUACAGAAUUGGCAUCUUGGCGAGACAUCACUGAGGCUAAUGGGAAGUUUUGUAUAUCUAUAAACUGCAAUUUGGCAGUGCAGCUUCUUUUUAUGUGACUAAUUAUGUCUUCUCUUGA